GCCCUUCUUUGAACAGAGACGGGGAAAAUUCAUUGAAAAAUUUUUAUACCAAUAUUCAGUGAAAAUCAAAUGGAUUGAAAGUCCCCCACCGAUACAUAUUUCAAGGCCAAACCGGUUUCUACCUGAUGAUGUCUAGUGUCCGCCGUCUGUAGUUGUUCUAUCAGUUCCGAACCUCUGGAGUCAACAAACGAGACGUCAAAAUAUGUUCCACAUAAAUUCGAGGCUCAUUAUCCAGCGCAAAAAUCGGUUGAUAUCGCAAUUUAGUUCCCUCCCGGAGAUACUAGUGUCCGAAUUGAACGGAAUAAAAGCAGCUGGCACCUGGAAAAAUGAGAGGGUCAUAACGUCUCCUCAGAGAACCGAAAUUUCGUUGACGAGCGGACAGGAAGUGCUCAAUUUUUGCGCCAAUAAUUAUCUGGGACUGGCGAAUAACAGAGAAAUCGUAGCAGCAGCGAAAUCCGCCCUGGAUAAGUACGGCGCGGGUCUAAGCUCCGUGAGAUUCAUCUGCGGAACUCAGGACAUUCAUCGGGAUUUGGAGAGAAAAAUAGCGGAGUUUCAUGAACGCGAGGAUGCAAUUGUUUACGCCUCUUGUUUCGAUGCUAAUGCCGGAUUGUUUGAAAUUCUCACGACCCCGGAGGACGCUGUUAUCAGUGAUGAGUUGAAUCACGCCUCGAUCAUCGAUGGAAUUCGCUUAUGCAAAGCGAAAAAAUUCAGAUAUAAACACAGAGAUAUGAAAGAUCUAGAGUCAAAGCUCGAGGAGAGUAAAUCCUGCAGAAUGCGGGUGAUAGCGACUGACGGAAUUUUUUCCAUGGACGGAAAUAUAGCGCCUCUUCCAGAAAUCAUUAAAUUAGCUAAGAAAUACGAUGCUAUUACCUUCGUAGAUGACUGUCAUGCAACUGGAUUCUUCGGGAGAACUGGAAGAGGGACUGAGGAGUACUUUGACCACCUCGGGCAAGUGGACAUAAUAAACUCUACCCUGGGGAAGGCCCUGGGGGGAGCAGCUGGUGGAUACACAACGAGCUCCAAGGCUCUGGUGGACUUGCUGCGCCAGAGAAGUCGUCCCUAUUUGUUCUCCAACUCGCUCCCACCCCCAGUCGUUGCCUCGGGGAUGAAGGCCCUUGAGCUAAUCAUGAAUAAUUCAGAACUCCUGGACCAGUUGAAGGAGAACACCCAACGGUUCAGGUCAGCCAUGACCGCAGCAGGAUUCGUCAUCAGUGGAGAGAAUCAUCCAAUCAGUCCUGUGAUGAUUGGGGAUGCAAAAUUGGCGUCUGAUUUUGCUGACAAGAUGCUGGAAAGAGGAAUUUAUGUGAUUGGCUUCAGUUAUCCAGUUGUGCCCAAAGGAAAAGCUAGGAUUCGUGUGCAAUUGAGUGCAGUCCACACGAGAGAGGAUAUUGACAGAGCUGUCAAUGCAUUCACUGAAAUUGGAAAAGAACUGAACGUCAUUUAAUCGCAGGAUUCAAAUACAAAACUCUUCCCUUCAUUUUUCAAACGAAUUAUUUCAACAGUUCACAAAUCACAAUUAUUUCACAGAUUCACGAAUCUUCUCUGGGUGACAUUUCGAUUGUAAAUAUAAAGAA